AUGACCGCCGCCAGCACCUCUCGCGUGGCCACCACUCACAAGCUUGAGCGCGCGAGGCCUGACCUGUUCCAGCGCAGCGACGCAAUCGGGCUACGCCACCUCUGCGGCCACCUUUCGCUGCUCGCGCUGACCGCUGCGGCGCUGGCCGUCUGCUGCACCACUGCAUCAGCGCUUGCCGGCCGCUGCUGGCCGCUGGCUGUCCUGGCGCACAGCGUCGUGCUCUCGCACCUGUACAUGCCCUUCCACGAGUCCACGCACGGAACCGCCUUUGAGAGCGCAUGGCUCUGCCAGCUCGUCGCCUGGCCGCUCGGCCUCCUAAUCUUCAUGAACGCCGACUCAUUCAAGUGGUUCCACCGCGAGCACCACGAGUUCACGCAGGCGUGA